CCCAUGCAGCCCGCCCCUUCCUGCUAACAUCUACAGAAGCAUCAAAAAAGCAAAAAAAAAAUGGUUAGAAAGAAGGAGAGAAACAGUUGAGAAGGCGGCGAGGGGAAUAAGGAUUAUACCGACUCUGUAGUGUUUUGAAGAGAUGCCGCGAGGACAGCACGGGGAGCAGAACGUGCCUCCUGAGCGGUGAGACCCGCGGGGCAGAGGGGCGCGAGGGAGCUUACUGCACGGGAGCGCUGCUUCUGGGAACGUUCUGUGUACAAUAGGAGGCAGGAGACAAGGAACGGACAAGGAGGAGGAUGGUGGCUCGGGAGCUGCGCGAGCGUUUUCGUAGCCUUCAUGCUGCAUAGCACCUUUUCCAAUCAAGCUGGGACUUUUCCCAGUAAUACAUUUAAAUCAGUGCUUCCACAAAGGAAGUAUUUUGGUAUAUUUCUAAUUUACUGCUGACUUUAUUUUUAACGGAUAUACAGAACGUAUUUUUGGGGUUUGGGACACAAUGGUUGAUCCUGUUGGAUUUGCGGAGGCUUGGAAAGCCCAGUUUCCAGAAUCCGAACCCCCUAAAAUGGAAUUGAACAGCGUUGCUGAUAUUGAACAGGAACUGGAAAAGUGCAAAUGCUGUAUAAGGAGGUUGGAAAUGGAAGUGAACAAGGAGCGGUUUCGGAUGAUCUAUCUGCAGACCCUUCUAGCUAAAGAGAAAAAGAGCUAUGACAGGCAGAGAUGGGGCUUCAAGAGGGUAUCCCAGGUAAUUGAGGGGUCACAGGAGCACCAGGAUUUGUCAGAGAAAGGAGAGACUGAGAAAAACAGAUCUUCAUCGGGAGAGGUCAUUAAGCCUAGAGUGCCAGUCAGGAAGCAAUCUCAGAGUGAACUCUCUGAGCCCCUUCCUGACAGCCCUCAUCAUUAUAAUGAAGAUAGAAUGAAAAAACUUCCUCAGGAGACAGAGAGAUUUUUAGCAGAAGUAACUCCUUCAAAACGUUCUGCAUUCUCUUCCCGAAGAAUGGGGGUGUCUGCUGAAAGGGAUGGGCUCCCCGAUUCUGCUUCAAAGGAUACAUUGGGUAAUAGUGUGGCAUCCUUAAGGUCUAAUUUUGAGAGGGUUAAACGGGCCAACUCUCAUUCUGCUGGUGACUGCAAGGUUGGUGGAUCCUCUGAGAAACCUUUUUAUGUUAAUUUGGAAUAUCAUUAUGAGAAAGGUCUUGUGAAGGUUAAUGAUAAGGAUGUUUCUGAUAAGAUCAGCAAUUUAGGAAGCCAGGCCAUGCAGAUGGAGCGCAAGAAGUCCUCAUCCUCGCAAGCUGGUUUAGGGACCACAGCACCUGUGGCUGGAGACUUCAGACGACCUGUGUAUAGGGGAAGGACCUCAGAAAACAGUGGCUAUGAUGCAGAGUAUGAGGACAUUGAGUUGAACCCAAGAUUUCUGAAGGACAAUAUAAUACGUCCAGAUGGCAGCAAACAAACUCUAUGGCAGCCUGUUGAGUUUCAGCCUUACCAAAGCGUGUAUGUUGGUGGGAUAAUGGAAGGAGAAGGAAAGGCACCUUCUGAACCAGAAAAACAUCUCACCUGGCCACGGAGGUCCUACUCCCCUGCCACUUAUGAGGACAUUGGUGGUGGCUAUACACCAGACUGUAGUUCUAAUGAAAAUCUCACAUCUAGCGAAGAAGAUUUUUCCUCUGGCCAGUCCAGUCAUGUGUCUCCAAGCCCUACCACUACCACAUACCGCAUGUUCCGGGAAAAGAGCCGCUCACCAUCCCAGAAUUCCCAGCAGUCAUUUGAGAGCAGUAGUCCGCCAACUCCGCAAUCACAGAAAAGGCACAGACCUCAGGUUGUGGUCUCUGAAGCAACCAUAGUUGGGGUCAGAAAAACUGGACAGAUCUGGCCAAAUGAUGGAAACUCUAUUCCCUCAGGUGUUGUUGGACAGGAAAAUAGUUUCCAUCUGGACACAGAUGCCUCCUUUAUAGGUACACCGCCAUCGUAUGAUGUGGAUCAUGUGGAGGAACAGAGGUGCCACCAAGAGAUGAUGCCUUACAUAGAUGACUCUCCCUCUUCUUCACCACACUUCAGCUCCAAGAGCCGAGGAAGUCGGGAUACUCUCUCUUCUGGCUCACUCGAGUCGACAAAAUCAUUGCAGGUAGUGUUUAGAGAACCACCUGCAGCAAAAAUACUGUGGAGCUUUGAUAGCUUGCUGCCGUUUCUAUUUCUGACAGUUUUCUUUUUUCCUUUUCCAUCCGUCUCUCAGGACUUGAUAAAACACACGCCAGUAUCUCACCCAGACUACUCCCUGCUACAGGAUGCCCUUCGAAUUUCCCAGAACUUCCUGUCCAGCAUCAAUGAGGAAAUCACACCGCGACGUCAGUCUAUGACUGUGAAAAAGGGAGAGCAUCGACAGCUUCUGAAGGACAGUUUUAUGGUGGAGCUUGUAGAAGGAGCUCGGAAACUGCGACACGUCUUCCUUUUUACUGACCUGCUUCUCUGUGCCAAGCUCAAGAAACAAAUUGCAGGUAAAAUCCAGCAGUACGACUGCAAAUGGUACAUUCCUUUAGCCGACCUGAGUUUCCAGAUGUUGGAUGAAUCGGAUAGCGUUCUAAAUAUUCCAGUGGUGCCAGAUGAAGAACUGGAGACCCUAAAAAUGAAAAUCUCUCAACUAAAGAAUGAAAUGCAGAGGGAAAAGAAAGCCAAUAAAGGUUUUAAAGUCAUUGAGCGAUUGAAGAAAAAGCUUUCCGAGCAGAAGUCGCUGUUGCUACUUACAUCUCCCAACAUGGCCUUCAGAGUGCACAACAGGAAUGGCAAGAGCUACACUUUCCUGAUCUCAUCCGACUAUGAGAGGGCAGAGUGGAGAGACGUCAUCAAGGAGCAGCAGAAGAAGUGUUUUAAAAAUUUUUCCCUGACAUCGGUGGAGCUGCAGAUGUUGACAAACUCCUGUGUGAAACUUCAGACGGUGCAUAGCAUUCCACUGACCAUCUAUAAGGAAGAUGAUGAAGCCCCUGGCCUCUAUGGGUUUCUGAAUGUGAUCGUUCACUCAGCAACUGGAUUCAAACAGAGUUCAAAUCUUUACUGCACACUGGAAGUCGACUCUUUUGGCUACUUUGUAAAUAAAGCGAAGACAAGAGUUUACAGGGAUACGACAGAACCCAUCUGGAAUGAGGAAUUCGAGAUUGAGCUGGAGGGAUCACAGACUCUGCGACUUUUGUGUUAUGAGAAAUGCUACAACAAGAAUAAAAUCCCUAAAGAAGAUGGAGAACCCGCAGAUAAAAUCAUGGGGAAGGGGCAGAUUCAGCUGGAUGCACAGACGUUACAAGACAAAGAUUGGCAGAAGAUUGUUCUAACAAUGAAUGGGGUUGAAGCAAAACUGUCUGUAAAGUUCACAACACGAGAGUUCAGCCUAAAGAGAAUGCCAUCUCGGAAACAGACUGGAGUGUUUGGCGUGAAAAUUGGACUGGUAACCAAACGAGAAAGGUCAAAGGUGCCAUACAUUGUCCGGGAGUGUGUGGAGGAGAUAGAACGUCGUGGCAUGGAAGAAGUUGGCAUUUACCGUGUCUCCGGAGUUGCGACUGACAUUCAAGCACUGAAGGCUGCAUUUGACAGCAAUGACAAGGACAUCUCGGUGAUGAUGAAUGAAAUGGAUGUGAACGCCAUUGCCGGAACACUAAAACUGUAUUUCCGAGAACUGCCGGAACCCCUAUUCACAGACGAAUUGUACCCCAACUUUGCUGAAGGCAUUGCACUUUCUGAACCAGUGGCAAAGGAGAGCUGCAUGUUAAAUUUACUGCUGUCGCUACCUGAGCCCAACCUUGGAACCUUCCUGUUUCUGCUGGAACACUUAAAAAGGGUUGCAGAAAAAGAGAGCAUUAACAAAAUGUCACUACACAACUUGGCAACUGUUUUUGGUCCAACUCUGCUGCGGCCCUCUGAAAAGGACAGUAAAAUCCCUACAAACCCUACACAACCCAUCUCAAUGGCCGACAGCUGGUCACUGGAGGUAAUGUCACAGGUUCAGGUUUUGCUGUAUUUUUUACAGUUGGAAAGCAUUCCCACCCCUGACAGCAGAAGACAGAGCAUCCUUUUCUCCACAGAGGUGUAGCAUCCCAGUAGACUUGUGGCAAAUAUCCGUGUACCUGUGCCUCGCUUCAAUGUUUUUCUUCCCCUUGUUGUGGAACUGUAGUUUUUCCAAGAAGAUAAACAGAAGAAACUUUCAGCUUAAUUGAUUUUUACUGGCUAACAAGAACCUGCCAUCAGUGAGCUAUGUUUCUGUUGAUUUAAAAUGAUAAGCUGACCUUCACAAGUGAUGACUGUUUUUAAUGGUUGAAGCCCUUCUGGAAAAGUAGAUGGGAACUGUACUGUAGAGGGCACCAGGCAACCAAAAAAACUGGACUCAAGCAAUAGAAAGCCCUUUUUUAAGGGAAUGCACGUUUUUGUUUUUUAAAUGCCUCGAAGGGUUUUCCUUAAUUUAAUUUCAGGGAAAGACUGGCUGCUGUGGGAUGCCUCUUUUUCAGUGGGCAGAAAUGGUGUAAAAAUAUGGCUACUCACCCGAGAGGCUUUUAACUACACGAAGAUAUCAUUAAAUUGUGUAGAACAAUUCUGUAUUGCACAGAUUCAGGAAAAAAAGUUAUAUUUACAGGGGCCAUUCAUGAUGCAGGGGCGUAACGCUGCCCCAGUGACCAUAGGUGCCUAAGACAUUUGUCACCAAAUUAAGAACUUUUAUGGUACCAAGACUGAAGUUGUGUAGAUAUGAGCACAGCUGUCUGGCAGUUACAGGAGACUAUGCUCUUCUUCCUUUGCUGUUAAUUAUUUUCCACACUAGCUAUUGUACUGUUUUUUUCACAUUUUCACAUUUUCACAUCCCUUUACUAACACGUAUUUCGGUCUUUGAAACUAGAUAGAAUCUCUUUCAAAUAAUGUAUGUUUUUUAGUUGUUGCCUUAAAAUGUACUUUGAAUUUGGAUAAAACCUGUGUUGCUACACCCAUACGCAUGAGGUGCCAGUACAUGGAGUUGGCACAUUCUAAGGCCUGCUCAGUCACGUAGUGAAUUAGCAUUACCGCUGUCUGUUAAUGGUCACAUGAUUAACUCCAGUUUCAGCUAUCUGACUACUAUCUUAAAAAAAACUGCUUUCAGAUGCAGUUAAGGCUGUUUCUAAUGUGCCUGAUUUUAUGCAGUUAUCGAUGCACAAAACUGACCCAUUAGAACCUUGAUUUGUUAGUAUACAAUGCUGUAAUCUGAGGAGAGGACUGUCUUGAUGUGUGUGGGUGGGGGGGCAUGAAUUACUACUCUUACAAUCUCUGAUGUUACUCGUAUCACUGGAGCCUGUGAAAUAUCUCAUAUUCGCAUCACCUGAGAUGCUACUAGUGAAAAACACCACUUUCUGACACUGUGGUCUCAGAUGCUGUUCCCAUACUGUUUGUAGCACCCAUUGUCAUUGUGAUGUCACACACUGCCCAGGUGUACAUUUUUGCCAUUUCCUGCCUGAUGGUGAUUUUUUUUCUACUUCCCUUUUUUGAGGGAGAGCUGAAAGGCAUCUGAAGAUGGGCAGGGGUUUCUUGACAGCAUUUUAGGCUGUUUCAACAAAAUGCAUUGCAUUCCAAGUUUCUUUGCAUGUGUGUGUGUCAUCAAAUGGGUCAAGGCAUGGGUUACAAUGACUUGUUAGAUUUGUGGACAGAAUAAUGAAGGUGAAACUUAAUGUAUUCAGGGACCAGUCAGUGCUGUACAUACACCUUCAUAGACAUAAAGGGAGUUUUCUUAUUUAUUUUUUAUAUGUAUUAGUGCUUUUUGCACCUUAACUGUGUAUUGCACCAUUUUUGGAUCAGUAAUGUUUUCAUUGUGCCAACUCUAGUUCCAUAGUACAGCAGUUCAGUUCUGUAUCUUGGUCAUAACACAGCAGUUUAAUUUUGCACCGUGUUUGUAUCAUGCAAUGCUUUACUCUGUCACAUGCUCUCCAGUUUUCAAAGGUGCAUUAGGUCUGCAUCGCAUAGGUUUCAUUUCAGCUUGAUCGGGUGUGAUAUUGAAUUCCCUAAGUUUGUAGUGGCACUGUUCUGCAGAUUGGCUACCGCUAGAUAAGCUCCUGUUGCAUAUUUCUGCUGCUUGUGACAUCUAAAACUGUGCACUCUGAGCCCGAGGUGCUGUUGUACAACAGUGAUAUUUCUUAGUUUCUUAGCUUGUCUGCUGAUAUCAGGACAGAGCAAAUAACCCACAUCUGCCUAGUAAGAGUGAGAUUUUUUUUUUUGUUGUUGUUUGUAUAGAAAUUGUUUUGUCUUUCAUGUUACAGACUGUAUUAUAUACACAUAAGUAUGCGUCUGAUUAACGCACAGUUUUGUGGUGAGCAUAAUGCACUCCAUUGUAAGUACAUGGGGGGGGGUCUCAUCUGAAUAUAUUUAUCGCUCUGUGGCCCUUUGUGCAGCAGAACUUGUAGUUGGAAAGAUUCCAUUGUAUUAUUCAUUUGCCUACUUAAUAGACUAAGUUAAGUAAUUUGGGGGUGUCCUGAUAUUGAGUUCUGCUACAGUGGAAUGUAACAUGCAGGCAUGUUGCAGCAUUGUUUUGUAGCUUACUGUAAAGUAAUAAUAAUUCUUUCCCGUCUUCUCCAUGGAGCUGGGCAUUUUGGGUUGGAGAACAGAUACUCACGUUAAUAGUUACUGAUAAUUAUUUGUAGCUGGUACUCUAGCACUUGUUUUUGAAGUCGUGCAGUCCCAUUUCCUCCCAUGAAUAAAGCAGCAUAUUAAGAACAAAACUUGGAUUCAGCACAGGCCAGGAAUCAUUUUAUGCAGUGAAGUUAAAAAAAAUAAAUAAAUAAAUAAAUAACAGUUAACUGCCUGUUGUUUACACCUGCCAGGGAUGUUUGUGAUUUUUCACUGGAGUCCCACAGCCUUCAUGUGUCGAGGAAAGACUGUGACAUCUGUAAUCUGACUACUGUGCCCAUGAAUUUCUGGGCUUGGAGUGAACGUGUUAGUGUAAGUGGCUUUGCUAUUCCUGCUGCAGAAGUUUAAACGUUUGAAUCAUAAGCUAUGGUGGUCAUUGAGGUAAAUAAGGACAGUAUCAGCAACAAUCUUUUUUUAAAAUGUUUGAAACGGUGCUAGGUUCAUUUUAAGUUUCUCGUAGCAUAAAUGUGUUACUUUUGCUCUUUUUAACAUUUUUGUGUUGUGUAAAUACUUCAUUAAAACAGUGAGACAUCUAUAAGGGAAUUAGAGAGCUGGACCAAAUUGUGUAUUUCGUGCGGAUCUCUGCCUAGGAUAUUGAGCUGUUACGUUUGGCUGUUCAUGUAAUGGAACUGUGGCUGCGUGUUCUUUGACUAUGUGAAUCACCUGAGCUGUAGCAGAUGUGUCCUAUGAAAAUGUAUGCAGCUUUAAACUGCUACUUCAGUGUUAAACAUUAUAAAAUGUAUUGCUCACAGAUGUAACUUAAAUGGAAGUAGAACUCUGGCUGGCAUCUCAGUACAUGAAAUGUCUGGCCAUGCCAUCUCGAUUUGAGAGUGUAGGAGCCAAGUGCAAUACCAUCUUUGAGUGCCUGGUGCAUAAUAGCUUGUAUACAUUUUGAUUUCUUCCUACAGUAUGUCUGUAAAAGUGUAGCCAUUUUUUUAUAUUGUAGAAUUCUAUAGUGGUGUUAAACUGUGAUGGGAGCAUUAAACUGCAGAAAAAUGUAACAUUACAGAAGUCACAGCAGACAUUUUGUUUAACACAAUAUCGCUGUUUCUUGGGUAAAGGUAUAGCACCUUGUUUUCAGCAGGCUUUCUUCCAGAUCACCAGUCUUUAGGAUGAGUUCUCCAAGUCCCUUGUCUGAAAGUUGUCAUCAUGCAGCACUUUUAUCUCCAAAGAGCCUAGUCUACAUCUUCCUAGGCCUUACCACUGCAGGUCACAGUAUAGGGGUCCUGAGUGUGCAGUGUAAGUCUUGAGGCUGUGGCAUCCAGAGUCCCUAUAACUCUGGGAGCAACUGUUCUGCAUUUCGGUCAUUUUGCUCUUUGGCACUUCCAAAUCGUGGUACCUUAGCAGCCACAAGAAAGGGACAAGCUAUCUAGUAUGCACUUUUUGGGCUUCUAAAAGUAGAAGGUUGCUCUGUAGGUAAAAGGACACUCCCCCAUUUGAUGGUCUGGGGACCUGUUAUUUUUAUUUAUGUAUAAUUUUGGUUCUCUGCCUUUUCCUAACAUUGGGCUGUGCUGCUGUUUCUUGUAUUUAUUCACAUCACAUUUUACCGUGCAUAACUAAUGGAGAGAGCGCCCUGAAAUAUGAGAAAGAUCAUUUUGUGUUGAAGUUGAAGGGUGAGAAAAAAAAGUGAAGGGGCCUUUCCUGUCAUAAACAUAGCAGAAGGGGGGGGGGGGGUCAUUGUUUAUUUUUUUUUGGCUCCAACUCCAACAUCGAGCAAAACAAAGCCCACAGUUAAUUUAGUAUAAGUGCUGCACAUAGUAGAACUUGAGAGUACAGCUCCUGCAAGUUGCCACUCCAGAGCCAAACCUCAGUUUAUUCUUUUUUGUCUCUGGUCUGGUCCCCUGCCUUGGGACUGGUGCAGAAGGUUGUUAAGUUCAGUGAAUAUCAUUCACUGAAGCUACAAUGGUGAAUUAUCAUUUUGCUGAAUAUUCACAAUGCAGAGUGAGAAAUGGUGUAUUUAUGUUUGCAGGGAGCACAUUUUGGUGCAGAUACCAUACAUUCACCUAUUUCCUGCCAUGCCUGCAUCUUAAAAUAUUACCAUUUUAAGGUCAGAUUAUUGGGUUUCCUUCCUCCCCAAUACGUGACCAUGGAGUCGUAGUGUUUAAAUAGGGCAAAUGGGGGAUAUUGGAGAGUUUGAUACACCCAGAAAACUUUUUUCAACUUUAAUUUAUUUUCAUUUAAUGUAUUUGGUGAUAUGAUGUUUUAACAUUUUAGUUCAGAUUAAUUGAGAUUUGAAAACCUGUUUAUGAUCUUUUGUUAGUGGACCUCUCCUUUGCUUCUCCAGGAAAAAUACUUCAACAACCAGGAGAAUCUAACCUUCUUCCCAAGGAAGUCAUGCUGGGGUGUACUAUUUGCUCCCUUCUCCCCAUCUAACAUUCUAGCAACCUGAGGCUGUAUUCAGACCAUGGGUCAUGAUGAGGGGCAAAACCUUAUUUUCUAAUAGGUUGGCAUACAUGUAGACUUUUUCAUGGUUUAUGUGACAGCUGCCCCACUUUGAUCACAUGGUCCUCAGUAACUGGGUUGUUAUGAUGGUCAUGUCAGCUAAUACUAUUUAUCUGGCAAGAACAACCUUGCUUUCUCCCAGUUGUCCUUGCAGAAAGUUCUGAAUGUCCUGUAAUACCUCUUGGUGUUAUUGAAAAUAAGUUGUUGUUCCCAUGAGGCUGUUCUUCUUGGCCAGAGUUGUGUGGGUUUAAAUUUAAAUAGCCAUGAAGAUGGAGAAUUUCUGGUCAAAGCUGCUUGCUAACAUGACCUUCCCAAACCCCCCUUUCUUCCACCCUUUGUAUCAUUUUUGCCCACCAAGUCAUUAUUUCCUUUCACUUUCCACUCUUAUGCUGUGGUUGUCCUGUGCCAGUUUCAUCUUUCCUGCACCAACCUCAUUUGGUCACCAAGGCAGUUCUAGUGAAACAUUUAUACCUCUGAUUAUGAAGACAGUUUUGUUAUCCUUUCCAACCGAAGAUCACUUUAUGUACGCUCUUUCUGAGAGUAUGAUUGCUGAUGUGUUUCAGGUGUACUGAGAUUUGAACCAGCGACCCUUGAACAUAAGGCUUAUGUAUCUCUCAAGUGUUUGCUGUGUGGUAUUCCUAAUAUUAAGCCCCUAGUACAAGCUUCGACCAAUAGAGUAGCUGAGUUCUGUCUAAGACAGAUUAUCUUGUGUAUCCUGCCGUCAUCUUUACACAUUGCAGCCCCACAACUGUGAUUAUACCAGAAUGGAUGUAGCUGGGUGACGGAAAUGCUGGGAAGCAGGUCUGAAUCCCGUAAUACUUCUACAGAAGUUUUGUAUUUACCAGAGCCUUAUUAAGGGAAACAUUGUUGAUGUACUACAAAGUUGUAGAAAUGGGGCAUUAGCAGGAGGUAUAUACCGCUUCUCUGAGUGUAAUGGUGAACCAUCACGCUUACAAAGCAGAGCUCACUAUCCUCAGCUGUGCUAAAGUGGGGUGUGGGGUUUACAACUCUACCAAGUAAAUAUAUAGAUAAGGCAUGUAGGACUAUUUUGCUUUGUCUCUCAUGUUUUCUAGUAUUACUGUUACUAUUGUAACUGUAUAACCUGUCCUGAAAGGCAUAGAACAAGGCCUGAUGCCUAGAUUUAUUUAUUAAAAUUAUUAAUCAAACAAUAAAUUAUAUAAUUUGGAUUUUUAAUGCUUGUAACAUAAGUGUUCUUUUUGGCCAAGUGGCUUAAAUCUUAUUGUUCAUUUUAGUUGCAUUGUGUUUUGUGGUACAGAUGAGACAAGCAGCCACGUGGACUGCCCAGCGUGAAUUGCGCAUUGUACUCGCAGUAUUUGGGGCUUUACAAUGCUGUUCUAUCAUCACCUUUGGUACUGUGAAACUUUCUCUUUAAUAAGGGACCAAGAAGGAGAUGCACAGUUGUGCUGAGUAAAAAGAGAAAAUUAAAUGCCUUUUUGUGUUCUCUUGUAUUUUUUAUUAUUAUUUUUUUUUUAACAAAUAAGUUGUAUUAAACAGUACACAAAAAAAAAGAUGUAUCUGCAGGAAAAGUUCUGGGCAUUUGUAAUCUCUGUUUGUACACAAAAUGUUAAAUUAAAAAAAGGUGUGUCAUAUGGAUUAUGUGAAAUUUGUGUACACAGUAAUACAAACUCUCCUGAGCAUAACUCUCAACUGUUCCUGAACUUUGCUUUAGCCUCUUAAAACUGCCUAUUUUGGGGGAAAGUAGUGGAUUGCACUUAAUAAAACAGUGACAAUAAUUACA